CGACGAUUACGAACUGUCAUCGGAGCCGGGGAAGUCGUCCGCGUUCGUUGCACGAAAUGUCACGACGUGGGACAGGUGUAACUUCCGAAAAAUCGUCUCUAAGUCGCGGAAAAACGACGCAGACUAGGCCGAGUGGACGGACCUCCAUAGGCGUGCUCAUAGAGUUGGCAACUUGCACUUCGUUUGAGAGGAACAGGAGACACUAGGACUCCCCAUUAAGUGCGCAGAAAGAGUAUCCGGGCGUCUGGCAGUGGUGCCUGAGGCUAUGUAGGGGAGCCGAGGCGAUUGUCACUUGUUUAGAUUGUUGCGUCUAUUGAGCCUUACAGAGAUUCCGCGAAAUCAAAGGAGCUAAUGACAGCUUCUUGCGCCUCGAGUCACGCUGCUUCUGAUUUCCGAUUUGAUUUGCCGUGUGACGGAUGACUUUUCCUCUCUCCGCGUCGUCUCGUCCUUUCUGCGAAGAAGUACGAUGCAUCUUGGCUGGAUACCUUGAGAAAGAAAGUGAUAACAGUACAUGAAUGAGUACUACGCAGGGAAGUAUAAAUAGAAAGAGUGAAUGCAAAACUGUUGUCAAGCAAUUUCUUUCGAAAGCGGGUUCACGCUCUGCUGCAGCGAAGCAGCGUGCAACAGCGCUCCUUCAUAUCUAUGGUGUGCGUGUUUUUUUCUUCUCCUCCUCUUCUUUUAGCGCGCCAGACAUUUGCGGUUUUCAGUUGCAUUCGUCGGGCGGAGGUGCUUGCUUGCGCGUCCGGUGGUUGUAUAGAGCGAUGGGCGGGGUGUAGAAGUGUAGAGUAGAGAGAGAGCGUGGUAGUAGUGGUUGGCCAAGGCAUUGCAGUCCGGAGAGUAGAAGUGAGUGCGGUGGUGGUGGUGUUACACACACAGUGAUGCUCCUCUCUCUCUCUCUUUCUCUCAUCACAAACAAACACGCAUCCUCGACACUCACUCACACGCACUCCCUCCCUCCCUCUCUCUUUCUCUCUCUCUGCCCAUAGUUUAAGCAGAGCCUUACCUGCACUGUCACACCACCUCCACCUGAGCUACUGGUCGCCUCCUCCUCACUCGCCAGCGCUCGAGCGAGCCUCCUACAAGCAGACAGAGGCUCUGCUUGUAUUGAUUGCGGGAGUGUAGGUGACAAGAAGUGUGGUGAGGGGUGCAGGCUGGCAGGCCAAGCAGUGAGCCCUGGCCACCAGUAGAAGAGAGCACCAGUAUCCCGCUAACCUUCCGUGUAGGUGGAUGUCUGCAAUACAUCUCCUACAACAUCACCAUCCUCCUCCUCCUCCAGCAACAUCGCAUAACUCUGCUCGUCUGUCGGCCAACUUUUGUUAGCGUUCUGUUCCAUGUUCCUUCGGGUGUGAUACGAAACACGUUCAACUUUUUCUAGGACAGUUGAAGUUUUCGGUGGAGAAGAGAAAGAAAAACUUUUUUCGAAUUCCAAAACUUGGAGUGUGAGUGUGUGUGUGUGUGUAUGUUUGAAAUGCACUUUACCUGCAUUGUGUACCCAUAGUCCCAUUUUCCCAUAAAGUGUGUUUGUGAUCCUAGUCCCUCCUCCCCCGCCCCCCACACAAAAAAAAACAUCCCCCCUACUCGAUCGGUGUUUGUUUCUUGCCUUCCGACACCGCGAGAUAAUAUUAUUCCAAACUUUGACGGCAUUGCAGAACUUGUGCACCAACUAUUUUCCCUUUCAUUCCGCCUAUACCAACCAUAUCAGCCCUUUUGAUGACGUCUAAACCAGCCGUCGCUAAGAAGCGUGAACCAAGUGCAAUUGUAGGGGAGCGACGCACAAGCAGCAGAAGUAGUAGUAGUAGUCGUAGUCGAAGAAGUAACAACAACGCAACUUCACCGUCACUCGAGUACGACGAAAGGGGAGAAAUACAGUCGGUCUAAGGAGUGAGGAGGCCUCCUGUCCUCUUGAGCCUUCUCGGGGGUCUUCUGUCUGUCUGUCUGUCUGUUAUCCGUUGUCUGGAGAAGAAGAAGAAUAAGAAGCAGGAGAAAUCGCGCGACCCCGUCCUGUUCUGUCCUAGCAGCAGAAGCAGUUACAGUAGCACAUAGGCCUAUACGACACAUAUCAAGAAAGGGAAGGGCACCACCACCGAACCGCAGGCAGCCCCCCUACCUUACCCUGCCCACUCCCCCCGGCCCCCUUCCCUCGGAAGGGAAGGAAGGAGGAAGGCUCCUGGAGACGUAGCCCAUAAUGACUGGAGCUCUACGGAGACGAAGAGCAUCAUCGCCUACUGCUAGCUCCUACCAAGUGGAAGAGGGCUCCUCGCUGGUCCCCCUUUUGCAAGCACUGACCCCGUUUCUGUGAUUGACAGAGGGACGCCCGUCUCGCAGAACGCUGCUUUCAUGCUUUCGUCUGCCAGCGACUCCUUGCCCAUAUCAGACGACGAUCGCCGGGAUAUGGUGCGCAAUGGAAGAGAUGGGAGUGGGGGCGGUAUGGACGUAAGGCGAUAUGAGCUCCGCUGGACCCACCACCAGUCGACGGUGGUGGCCGAAGUGGGCUCCCUGUACCGGGAUGCCGCCCUUGUAGACGUCACCCUCGCCUGCGAGGACCAGAGGACCUACCAGGCACACAAGCUCGUCCUCUCAGCAUGCUCACAAUACUUUCAGGGUCUUUUUGCACGGCAUUCGGCGCACCAGCACCCAAUUAUAUUCCUAAAAGAUGUCAGCGGUGACGAAUGUGAGGCUCUGCUGACUUAUAUGUACCGCGGGGAGGUGUCCGUUAGCCAUGACCAAAUUCACCGCAUCCUCAGGGUGGCCAACUCUCUCCAGGUACGAGGGUUGGCAGACAUGGAUCCCUCCUCAUCCUCUAGACCAUCAUCUCCAUCUGGGGAACGUGGAGGCCAGUGCCCUUCCUCAUCCCCAUCGCCAAGUACUGGCCCCCCCACCAAAUGUGCCACUCCAAUCAGCGAACCUCAUUCACCAAAUCCUCCUCCUUUGGUCAAUCCAUCACUUGGCCCACUAGGAAAUGCUAACCACCCGGUACUCCCUCCCCACUCCCUGGGAGCCUCUGAUCAUCCACCGCCAAGACAUCCGUCAGUUGCAGCAGCUGCAGCAGCAGCAGCAGCAGCAGCAGCAGUAGCUGUAAGGCCACCUGGCCCUCAGCAUCCUCAUAUGCCUCCUGAGUAUCACCCCUAUCCAAUGCUGCCCCAUCGCCCACCAUACGAUCUCUCUUCAACUGCACCUUCUCUCCUGUCUGUCAAUGAGGCUGAUGUGAACAGAUCAGAUGAUCCGGCAAAACAUCCACCCAGUGCACUCUCAAGAUCCUAUCCACCACAGCUACGUGUCAAGCAAGACCUAGGAGGAAACAGCUGGGACGGACCUGUUGAAGUUGGUGGUGUGUCUCCUUUAUCCCUUGGUGACCCACCCCGACACCCUUACCUCAAUCCAAGCAUCUUUAGCAGUUUUUUGCAUGAUCAGCACCCUGCUACCACUUCUCAAUAUGGGGGAUUCGCAAAAUUUCAGAGAAUGUUUCCAAUAAGUGAUCCCUUACGUCGGCUGGACCGGCUGAGUAACCCUGGCAGUGAGACGCGUAUCCACAAGUGUCAGUAUUGUUCACGGAAAUUCAAGAGGAAGGACCACCUAAAGACGCAUAUCCGGAUCCAUACAGGCGAAAGACCUUAUAAAUGUAAGAUCUGUGGAAGAGGCUUCAUCCAAAGUCAGCAGGUGAAAAUUCACAUGAAAGUACAUGUACGGGAAGAUGCAACAGGUGUUGGCGGGUCAUCUGCACUUGGUGUUGGUGCAGGUAGUGGUCUUCCCACUCUGUACCCGGAUCUUGGGGGGCACUUCAGUGACCAGCAGGGGUCAGGUGCCCCCCAUAAUGACCCCCACACAGAUUUAGACCAGUCUACAGACAACAAUCCCCCUGAUCCAGACUCAGACAAUGAGUGCAGCUCAGAAAUUGCAGAUACGGAUUUUGAGUUACGACUGCAACAGCAAGAGAGAGAAAGUGGCAACGGUGGCUCGGGGCGUACCCCACCAGCAUCUAAUCCUUCGUCUGGAGGGCUGCGUGAGCACAAGACCCCGUCCCCGCAGUCCCCUCCAGGGUCACUGUCGAGGGGCCAUCCCACUCCUCCCGACGAUCAGAGCUGCAGUGCCAUGUCUUUGAAGGAAUCAUAUCAUAUAGGUAGCAAUAUAAAAAAAUGAUGGCUAAUGUGCUGUGAUGAUAGAGGCUUUAAUUAAGUAACUGUUGGUUAUAGUAAUUGUUUUGUUGCCAAUACGCAUUUCCAAACCAUCAGAAAAUUUCUGGCUUAAUUAAUGAUUUCUUUAAAAACCUAUCGAUGGCAGGAAUGAUAUAAUAGCAACGGCUCAACUGGAUAGACAGCUUACCAUUACAAUCCCAUGUUUAAUACCAAUAACUGCAAUAAUAUCAUAGUUGGAAUGUUUGCCUAACAGACUUCAUAUAUCCCUAGCCAUUGUUACGUUGAUGAACAAGUGAAAAGAACCAGUGUGUGAUACGUCACGCACCAUGGUCUGUGAUGUUUGUAGGAUCCUUUUUUCUACUUAAACUAGGUAACUCAAACCUGGACUUGUGCGUGCAAUAUAUACUGGAAAAAUGGGAACUAUGGAGACCACAGUGGGUAAACUCAGCCCACUGCAUUCAUUUACUCCAAUUUGUUUUAUUUUCUUAUAAAUAUAUUUACUGUCCUCGUUUCCUUAUUUUUGGCAGAUGAAUUACUCCCAUCUCUAAUAAGUCAUAACUUAUAUAUGUUGGACAUGCUCAUAGACUCUGCAAGUGCUUCUCACAUUAUCCGAUACCGAGAAGACCAAACUCCAAAUUCAGAUAACAAUCCACCCUUCAGGAAUUCCAGAUCUUUUGUAAGGCAUUACAUUGCUGUAACCAAUUCUGUUAGUUACAAUCAGAUACACAGAAUAUGUUUCAAGUACUUGUGGUGUAUUCAACUUGGACCAGAAAAACAACAGUGCGUCAAUACUCAAGAACAAAAAGCAUCCUGUGAAUGCAGAAAAAUUUGAAUUCUUCAGAUUUGCAAGUCUGUGUAAAUAAUAGAUCUUGCAGUUUACAUUCUGUGGAGUCUUCUGUGCUCCUGUCUGUUUAUUUUCAACUAUGUAUUCCGCUCGUAACGGGUUAUCUGACUAAAGGAGUUUGGCGGCUUACCAGUGAGAUCUCAUACCGUAGGGAGUAGACCAGACUCUGAACCCAGUGCCACCUUCUGAUGGUUCUUAUACGUGAUGAUGUAGAAAGAAACAUUUUAAUCCAUUUAUUUGCCAAGUUAGGAGGAUAAAACUUCACCAAAGAAGUUGUAUUUUAAUGUUUGGACUUUUUAAGGUAAGGUAGGUUCAUCAGUUGUUCUUCUUCAUUCCCUUCUCUCUGCUACAAAAUAAGUGAGGGGUGAGGCUUCUUUUUUUUCUCUACGUGAGUGACGCUUGAAGGAAGGGGCUUGUUGCUUGAUUAUUUUUUUUACAUCUGGGUCCUUAGAUAAUGCAUAUGUAGUUUGUUCUUUUUAUAAAUAUUGUGUAUGUAUAUGGGAUUUCAUGUUUCAAAAUGCUGUACCUAAACCAUGGAAAAUAUUUACUGAAAAUGAUGUGAAAUGCUCUCACAUAUCACUGUGUAAAGUCAAUUUACAUAUCAUGACCAUAUCAAAAUUGACAUGUUGAACAUAUCAUGAAAAAUAUCAUUUUGUACUAUCAGAAGAAGUAGUUUCCAUACAGAUUUUGUAAAUUGAAUAUUCUUAGAAGUCUGUAGAUGAGAACUUUGAGUUAUGCUGUGUUGUUUGGAGGAUACUAUUAUCAUUGCAUUCAAGAGAAACAUGCAAGAAAAUUUCAUCAGUGGAUUUUAGUACUUUUGGUGUUACAGAAAAUCUACAGGUAAGCCACAUAAGACUCUUGAUACAAAUAACAGUGUAGUACUACAGUUAUCUUUUUCAAAUUUCACUGUCUUGUAAACAAGGAAACGUUUUGUAGUUUCUAUUGCCGAAACUGAGGUAACAGUACUCUAAUGUAGUUUCAUUUCUAAUUUCUAGUGUUGGUAAUUCUUAUGGAUAGGAAGGAUAAUAUUUUGUAUCUUCUGUAACUAAAAUGGAGGUCGUUGCUGGGUACAGUAAUAUGUGCCCUACUGUUUAUAACUGUAAUUUAUGUCAUAAUUCUUGAGUGCCUCUAACUGUAGAUUUAAAAGUACUUAUGAAAGACAAUGUUUUUUCUAUCAUCAAUGAAACCUGACAAUGUUCCAUAAAAGUACCUUAAAUUGUGCUGUGUUAUCUCUGCUAAUAGUUUUUCAGUUUUUUGUUCUUCACAAAGUGAUGACCAUUUCCUUGUAGAUAAGUACUGAGUUGUAGCUCCUCAGCAUUAAGUUUUCCUUUUCCAUAUCUGGAAAAUGUACGAUGUCUGGAGCACCAGUCAGUACUUAUGUACAGCUGAUCCGUGAUACACUGGAAAUGGAGGAUACGAUGACUGGAUUCAGAAUGUAUUGAGCCUCACCCCUUGAGAUGUGGCUGCCAGCCAUUACAAUACACUGGACAAUUGUCAUUUGUCAAUCGGUCGCAUUCCUGCCUUAGGCUGUGGAAAAUGUAAUAAUAUUAUUGUGGUACUUAUAACUUUCAAGUCACUGAAAAAUCUGAAGACUGCUAUAUUGUAGGAUGUCCAGUAACUGAAAAAUGGUUGGCAGGCAAACUCUUGUUAAUGUUGAUAUUGGUCCGGGCUGUGAUUUAGUGUACGCAAGCGCAGGAUAUGGUUAGUUAGGUAAAACGACGUGACAAAGUUUGUCUGGUGGGCAGAGCGCUCGGAGGAGACAGAACUGCUUCACUCACCAUGUAUACGAUUGAUAUCCCCCUGACAGGGCUCGCAUGGCUUCCAUCACUGAAGUUUAGUACUAAUGGGAGUAGAGUUUUAACAGCUCAUCCACUUCAGUCAGUACAUCAUGGAAUUUCUUAAUUGUAUUUUUAUAGAUUUACUUUUCAAAUCAUACACAAGUUUCCUUUCAACUUUGCCCCUUUUAUACUAAAUUCAAGUGGAAGUCCUGCGCAAAACAAAAGCUGACAGCACAAGCAUUAUAAGGUUUCACCCAUCUAACAUAUGUGAUUUUACAUAAUGUUAAUAUUUGCAUUGCUUAAAGUGUGGAGCACAUGUUUGUGUUGAAAUGCUACCCUUACGCAGGUCCAAUGCUCUAUACCUUGAGAGGGCCACCUGCCUGUGAUGCGGGUGCAAUGGCUGACUUGGCUCUGCCCUGGGGAUCUCAAUACCCGCCUUCUGGCUACAGGGUCAGGGGUAGAUUUACCUGUAUAAAAUAUCAAGACAUUGUUAGCUUAUAUGCUGUUAAUGUUGACCUUGGUGUAAGACUUAUGUUAUUUGUACCAUUAUUAUCUGUGUAAAUGAUUGUUAUGACAAGUAGGUGGCUGUACUAAGAUGUGAUAUGCCAUUGGCAUAAGGGCAACUUUGCUCACAACUGUAGCUUCCAGCUGCACAAUAAGUAUGACUUAGAUUGCAAGAUUAGAUAUUGCACAAAUCAGUGUUAAGACUGAAGUUUGUUAGCCAAAGGUUAGGCAUGCAUGCCUAUAUUUAAGCAAGCUUUAAACUCUUUGUUACAAGCUUUUAAUCAUCAAAGUUAGUAAAGAUAAAAUGAGACUUUUGAUAUAAAUUAUCUCUUUGGGUGCUCACCCUAUUCAUAUCAUACAACUUUGACACUUAAAUGUUGUGGUAGAUGUGUUGUCAUUACAUUUGGACACUGCUUUUACAGUGUCAAAUUUUAUUAAUACAACUUUGCUCACAAUUAUAAAUUAUUCUGUAUUGAUGUCUCAUGGUUCCUGACCAGAAUGCAAUUUUGUACUGGAAUUGAACAACGAAGGAUGAGCUUAUCGUGUAGCUGGCAGCUGUGCUCUUAGCUGUGGCGCUGAGACAGCUACAAUGUGUUCAGUUCUGCUUUCAACGAGUUGGUAUCCUAACCAGGCAGCACUGCCGGUUACUUCACAACUGCCCACACAAGACGUCGCCCUGGCUAAUGCAGUGCUCACUCUCUAUAUCUUGUGCUCACUCACUAUUGUAUAACCUGAUUACCAGUAAACCCACUCCUCGGUGAUAAACCGACCGACUUCUCGCGCGAGUCGGAUCCUUCUUUGAAGUUGAGGUCUAACUCACCGUAGAAAUAGCGGCUUAUCAAUUUGAAUUGUGGAAUGUUACGAUAACUUCGUCACGUUACUGUUGUCUCUUUAUUGAUCUAUUUUAAAUGGCAUAGAACAGGUUUUCCAAAAUCAAAUUAAUUGCAUAUAUAGAUACCAUUGCACGAACACAUUCUCUCUACACCAUUGAGCUUCCCGAUAGGUUUUAAGGUAUUCAAAUACAUUAAUUCACUGGAGGGCUUUUAUUUUUGUUUUCCAGGUAGUUAUUACGACUAGCAAAUGAAUUAUAGUACCUAUUGAUUCUCAGACAUAAUUAAAUGAAUGGAAAUGCUUAUUAUUUAGAAUAUUUUGUGGGAACAUAUACCUUACUGUAGUUUACAUUUAAGCAUGUCAUUUUUAAAACAGCUUCAAAGCCUGAUGCAUCUUCUUCCUCCAGGGCAGUCCUGCGUGGGCAGUUUGGGCUCAUUUUCAUAGUGUUUCCGCAACAUAUCAGAUAUGAUCCCUCCUUUUAAACUGCCAUCAUUUGUAGUUGUUACUCUAUGAUCCUUUUCUUUAUAGAUGAUAGAAAAGCAGGCGGACACGGGCAACUCCUCUGUCACCACGUUGCCAGGUGGAUGGAGAGCUGAUGGGUUGGGAUAGCUUUGUGAGAGGGAUGGAUGGCAUUCUGCUCAAAGAUGCACAUCCCAGGAAGGACAAAAAUUCAUGAUCAGAUUACACGAUGGAUAUCCACACAUUUAGUCAAUGAAAUCUUGCAAAAAUUCUAUCAGAUAAUCCAGAUAGCCUCUCAGGCACCCCUCCCCCCAUUUCAAAAAUGAAAAUUCGAAAUGCUGUAUAUCAAAUCACCAAAAGAUCUUACUUACAUUAGAUCUUUUGCACUUCUAAACCAGGAUGCUAUGGGUCACCUGAAAAAUCGCUUUAAUGUAAGGAAUCCAAAAAAAUUGUAAAUAUGGUAUGUGAUCUUAAAUUUUGUACUUAUGGAUAACUGUCAGGCUUUAAAACACUGAUUUUCAAAUGAGAUCAAGGCAUCUGAGAGCAUCGGUAAAGUACGUACGUUACACCUCAAAGAAACCUAGUGGCAUAAUGAUGGUACACCACAAUGAUUCAGUAUACAUGUCUUUGUAGUUGUUAUCUAGAAUAAUGGGAAAAGACGACUCCUCUUUUGGUGUGGUUCCAGACUGUUGUAUUGUAUCCUUUUUUAUGAUGUAGUUAGUUUUAAAUUUUAUAUAUAUCUCAGUCUCACUGCAGACCUUCAUUUGUAUGAUCUUUAGUAACCUGGUUUUCAUUUCAACUCCCAAUGACAGUUGUGUCUGUCUGUCUGUCUGUAGCAUCAUUUUUGACACUGGGAUUAACUGGUGACGUGGAUUAGGCCUGUGUUUAUUUCUGAACAGUUUCACUUGUUAGUAUUUGUUCUAGUCAUUGUCAAAUUGGAGUACUAUAUAUGGAUAUCAUUCCAAAAAUUUGUAAUUGGAGAUAUUUUGUAUUAUAUAUGUGGUGUAUCCAUGUAUUUAAUGAAACUUCCUUUGGAUUUGUGGCAAGGGGUCCCCUGUUAUUGAUCACGUGGUGUAGGAAUGAGCUCUGUAUGACUAAGGAGUACUGCUGCAAAUGACACCAGCCUACUAGGAUGGUCUCGUGUUGUUUACCAUUGCUGUCCUGCAAUGAGAUGUGUGGUCAUGUGAUAUUUGAUGGUAAAUGGACUAUAUUUAUCAAUUGCUGUGAUUGGAAUCAUUACAAAUAUUUUACCAUUAGGGAAUUUGCCAUCUAGUUUGGCAAGGACCAUGGACAUAUUGAUAGCAUCUAGUGUUUUGUAGUCAGAAUAUGUACAUAAGUUUUAAAAAAUUGUUGAUAUUGUUUACAAAUCAGUAUUUUUUUUAAUUUUUAUUUUGUUAAGAUUUAAACCCAGCAAUUGAAGACAAUGUAUAUUUGUAACAAUAAGAGAGUAUGACUCAAGAUUUUUGUUGAUGUUUUAGCUCAACACGUUUAAUUUUCUGAAAUACCUUAUAAAGGUUUUAGUUAUGCUGAAAAGAAAUACUAUACUAUGUUCAUAGUUGCUUAGCAUCAUAAAUGAUUCGCUGUCAGCUGAAAGAUGAUUUAUAUUUUGUUAAUCCAUAAUCAGAUCACACACAAUUUUGUUUCUCCCCUGACUUAUUGUGUAAUAUUUAUUAAACAAGCUUCUAGUAUUGACCAAAUUAGGUUGACCACAGAAGAGUACACAGGGGUAUCAGACUGUAAAGACCAGUUGCAUUUAUAGUCAGUCUUUUUGGAACUGAUCAUAAAUAUUUGCAGCCUUGAUCACUGAAGCUAAUCACGACUGGCAGAAAGAAGUUCACACUGCUCACCAAUCUCCCGAGGUUACAGUUCAAAUGUGUCAGCCAAUCAGAAGAAAGGUGACAGCUUUAAUGAUGCCUGCUGCAGACUGACCAUCAACUCCAAAAAAACCGAUUAUAGCAUCAAGAAAGACUUGAUCAGUAUGUUCUCAUAGAAGAGUUAUCCUCUAGAAUGAAAACCUCCAGCUGUACCACAUUCAGGGAUGCGGGUACAAAGGCGAUUUAAGAUGUUAUCCCAGUACACAUAUCCUGAUUUGUACAAAUAUAAACGAACGAAGUAAACCCAAACCUGAAGUAAGAUAUAAGCAAAAACUGUAUAUGUUAUUUGUAGAUAGACAGGUUUUGUUUUCUUUCUGUUUUUGGUGGUGUACAUAUAUCAGAAUUAGGCCUUUUGAAAGCUUACACAUGUUAUCUGGCUUCUUGAAGAAAGAUUAUAUUGAUUAUGCUGGGUGAUUUUUGUAAGACAUGUUGUCAUUGCUGUAAUUUGCUUUCCAAAUGACCAGAAGAUUUGUAUAAACCAACUGUUCCACAUGAUACAGUAUAAUUAUGCUAUACAGAUUUGCAGCAUUAACUUUAAUAAAAGAAUACAUAUAUCAUAUAGUAUAUUGAGAAUUACGUACAACACCAUUUGACAACUGGAACUGGAUUGCCUAAAUACAAUGAAAUUCUAUAACUUGGAUACUAAAAAACCCCUGAGGUGAUAAACAAAAGUGUUUCCAUGUAAUUUUGCUUCUGCUGUAUUCUUUGUAGAGGGGAUGAAAUACUGUUGUGGUUGAAACAAAUGAAAGCGUGAGGUGUUGGCAUACAAGGCAGAACACAGGGGACCCCAGAAGUGCUUGAACUGCCUGUGAUAGGAUGUAAAAAGUGAAGGGCAUCUCUUCUGUAGAAGUGAGUCAGUAAUGGGUACGAAGACGGCGGUCUCUAAAACGCGCAGUCCAUUACUGACGCCACCUGCAGACGAAAUCAAAACUUAUAAGUUGACAGGGAUGUUCCCAGAGUGUGUUCAUGGAAGGCUGGAUACCAUACAGCCUGAGGCAUAUGGAGAAUUAAUUUUAUUAACUUGUGAUGUGUUUUUAUGAAGAUCUAGUUUUUAGUUAGUUGAGUGAUUAAAAGUAUGGACCUUUUGAAUGUCCCUUUCUCACCAAAGGCCCUUCAUUAUUAGUUGAGUGAUUAAAAGUAUGGACCUUUUGAAUGUCCCUUUCUCACCAAAGGCCCUUCAUUAUUCCUGCAGUGUUUGUACCUGGAAAGUAUCAAGUAUUGUGCGUGUGUGUUCCUUUUUGUUACCUGUUUGGAGGCCAGUGAGACUGGCUUUGGUACCUGCAUGAUUUAAAAAAAAAACGAGUGUUGGGGUGGAUGUGCCCUUCACAAUAGAUUGUCAAACAUUCUCCGUUGAAGCUGCAUUGUGACAGGCAAUGAUGGUGACCACGAUACAGAAAUAAUAGGCACAUAUCAUAAUGUAUACAGUAGAUCUUCUCAAAUUAUUAAUCAUAGCCUUUAAUUACUGGGACCCUAAUGGGUGGCGAGGAUCUAGUUGGUAAUAUCAGGUAACUUGACCCCAACCCACUAUCUGUCUGUGUGAGGUUAUACUGACAACUUUGGUAGACAUGCCACCCUCAUCUGAGUGGUGCCUUUUUCAGAUAUAUAAUCUAUUUAUACAUAUAUAUUACUAUUUAAUUAGUACACUUAAUUGUAUGAUAUUAAAGCACAUGUGAUUCUAUAUGAUUAGGGUUUGAUUUGCUUCAAAAGCAAUUGUGAUAAUCUGUUACGAAGGAAAACUUGUGAUAUCUAAAUUAUACAAUUAGAUGUGAAAUAAGUCUUGUCAUUCAUAAAAUUAAGUCACAUCAUCAGAGCCGAGGGUCAUGUCUACGGAAGUUCUACUAAUUUUACGGUCCCGCUCAAUGAGAACCUCGUGCGUCCUGACAAGGUCUCGCUCGUGCCCUAAACUGUAUCUUGUGCCAAAGAGACCUGGGGCCUAUGGCUCAGCAGCUGCCAUUAGCUGUCAUUGAUGCACUUGGCCGGAGGGCACCUCGUUACCCUCACUCCCAAAGUAUACUUAACUAUGGAGAAAUAGAACCGUCCUUUUGGCAAUAACUACUACCCCACUGAAGGAUGUGCUCCCAAGGUGGCUAGCCGGGCAGGGGAGGAGGGAGGGGUGUGGUGAUGCCCUCAACCAGAGUGAGGGGUUUGGCUUCUACCCCCUUGUAGUAACAGAAAACACACUAGUUUCUGGGCCCUUUUUCAGUGAAUAUUAACCAUAAGGCAAACUUCUUCAAUGUAGUACAUAUCUUUCAAAAUGUUAACUUAAGAUCUUCAUCACAUGCAUCCGUUGCAUAUCAUAUUGCUCAUUCAGAUGUCCAGCAACUUGUUGUGCCCCUGUACCCCUCACUCGGUCGCUGGAGGAGGUGAAGCGCCAGGCCCAGGCGAGACCACUGUCACUCAACAUUUCCUCUCUUGUAAGUCUCAAUUUUUAGUACGAGAUCAGUGCAAUAAUUACGACUAGACUACAGUUUUUUUAUUUACUGUAUCCAUGGAGUACUGGGCCUGGAGUGGAUGUAACCAGUUACAUGUUAUAGGCCUCUGCUUGCAACAGUUUACCCAUACAGUACUGUAGUUGUUUGAUUUCACUUUUAUAUUUGUAGUGUACCCGCUAGGCAGCACAUUUCUUGUACAGAGCUCAGUGCAUCCACUUUCCAGGCCCUUCGGCCAUACAGUUCAAUACCGCUUCCGUUGACUUCCACAGUACAGUAGCUGGGUGACCCGACAUACCCCCUGCCCCACCCGCUGCUGACCUUGGCGGUGAGCAUCUCUUAAUCUGCUACCUGCUGCCAGGUGGAGAACGCACCCACAGAAUUUCAUCUGUGGCUGCAGGAACUACUUUGCGGCAGGAAGUCUCACUGAAGUGCCAGUUCCAUAUGCGAGUGUGGUGCAGCAGGCGGAGGUGGCAGGCGGCAUCUGGCCCCCUGGCUGGGUCGGGCUGCUACCCACCCACACGCCCAUUCACACCCGCAGUUGCUGUUAAUGUUCUGGUUCCCAAGGCUUGGUUCACAUCCUUACUCUGUUGGUUAGGUUCAGCCUAUCAUAUCACGUUUGUAGUCCAUUUAUCUCAAUAAACAACGAAAAGGAAA